AUGUCUGCAAAAUAUGACCACGAAGCUAGACUCCUAAAACAAGAGUUUCUAGAUGCUCAGAGGAAGUUCUUGCUCACCAACUGUAUGCAGGACAAACAAGAAGCUUCUAAACGGAAGAAGGCUUAUGAUCUUAAACUUAGAUCUCUUAGAAGAGAAAUAAGUGCAUCUAAGAUUAAUCAAGCCGUCAACAAAAGCAAAGCCAUAUGGCAGACCAUCAACUGCGAGCGUAAUAACAGAUGUGAUGUUAUCUCGAACUCAGUCAAACUGCAAAUAGAAGGAAGGGAAGUGGAGGACCCUGUCGAAGUUGCCAAUUUGUUUAAUCACUACUUUGCCACUGUGGCUGAAGAAACAAUAAGGAACAACCAAAAUCAGGAAACCAAAAAGCAACAUCGAUCGUCCAGAGUUUCUAACACUGACAAACUCAAUGUAGUCUUUCCAAUGCACAACCUCAAGCCGGUAUCCCAAACGGAGCUCUUAGAAGUGAUUAACUCCCUCAAACCUAAAUCAUCAACAGGGAUGGAUGGAAUAUCAGCUAGGAUAGUGAAAUCCUGCAGACAGGAGCUUCUGCUGCCCUUGCUUCACGUAAUUCAAUUAUCACUCACACAAGGUAAUAAUUUCCCAUCAAACAUGAAGACAACGAAGAUCCCUCCCCUACACAAAAAAGGAACUCGACUUGACAUUGGGAACUAUCGACCAAUAUCUUUGAUUUCAACCUUUUCGAAGAUCCUGGAGAAGAUUGUCUUACAGAGGCUAUUAGAACAUCUUUUCUCUAAUCAACUCUUGACAGAGAGACAACAUGGUUUCGUCAAGGGAAAAUCCACAACCACGGCACUUAUUGACUUCGUAGAGUCUGUCAUUGAUGAUAUAGACAGUGGUAACAACGUUGUCGGCAUUUUUGUUGACAUGAUUAAGGCGUUUGACUGCCUGCGCCAUGACUUGAUCAUCUCAAAGCUUAGCUCCUUGGGAGUAUGUGGAACGGCUCUUGGUUGGUUUACUCAGUAUCUGAAGGGUCGAACGCAGCCACUCCAGGAAUAG